GCACAUGAUUUUCUUUUUUGUAUGCUGUCCGAAAAGCUAUGAUUUUGUAGGAAGGGUAAACCGUUUAGCUUUUCAAAAAUGGACGUUCCCAGUGAAGAUUAUGAUGUCAGCGUGAUGAUCAAAGCGGUCAACGAGGUGCAGGCCGUGUUGACCUCGCGACAAUUUGCAACCUUCUCUGAAGUGGACACUGAAAUUGCAAAAACGUUGAAGCGGUACGAAGCUUUCGGCGAUGGCUUCGAGCGUUUUCACGUGAAUCUAACGAAAGAUGCUCUUCAGUCGAACGAUUUGCAGAAAAGUCUGAAAGACAUGAACAAGCGGUGCGAAGAGCGGUUGCGGGAUUGCGAAUGUAGCCAAAAAGACCAAAUCAACGACAUUCUGCCGUUUAUUCGCAACACUUCAACGAUUCUCGUUCACGGCUCGGGUAAUCUUCUGGCUCUUGCGGUUGCCUGCGCCAUCCAAGAGCAUGAAGGGGUCCGAUUCUACGUCUGCGAAGGUCGUCCUGCGCGCAAAGGUUUUCCCAGCGGUUCUGGUGUGGCACUCUUAGAGAAAGUGAGUGGCACGCCAGAAGGAAUGCGUCUCAAGGAGAAACUACAGAAGUAUUGCACCAUCGUUCCUGACAGUGGUGUGAGUUCCGUCAUGAAUAGCGUUGAUUUUGUGGUCAUGGGUGCAAACUGUGUGACUGAGCACGGUGGGCUUGUGCAUUCCACAGGCUCGCUUCAGAUCGCCAUUGUUGCAGCUUUUCGCAGUGUACCUUGCUACGUGCUUUGCGAGACGUUUAAAUUCACGCAUAUCUUCCCUCUAGGAACGGAAGACUUGAAGCAACCUGAAGAUGGCGCUGGGCAGGUUGUUCCUCUCGUAGAGUUUGUUCCACCAUCAAUGAUUACGCUUAUCUUUUCUGACCAAGGAAUCAUGCCUCCAUCCGCUGUUGCCGAUGAGAUGUUCCGCUUUCACACCGCACCGUCUGCUCCAUGGAAGCAGCGUUGA